UCGGUCUUCAAAUAUUCCUUAAACUUUGGCCUCUUCUUCUCCCACAUUUAUUGCAGACGAAACAUUCAAACAAACGUAUAUAACUUUAGCAAACGUUCACUUGGGUCUUCGUCCACGGCAACGGGAAAGCUGUACGAUCACAAGAUGUUCAAGUGCUUCAGCCGCAAGUCCAAGGUGGUGGAGGCAGAGCCGCCCGCUGACAUCAGGGAUGUCUUUGCCCGGUACUCUGGGGGUGGAUCCAACAUGACUGUCGACCAGUUCCGGCUCUUCCUGGCCGAGCACCAGGGCGAGGAGGGUGUCGCUGCAGCGGAGGAUGCUGAACGGAUCGUGAAGGAGGCUAUGAUGCAGAGUAAGGAUACGGACCGAUCAUCCCCCAGUCAGGGAGGUGGGCAGAUAAUGGAAAUUUGCCUCGACGAGUUCUUCGGGUUCCUGCUCUCCAGUGAUCUCAACGGACCGAUUCAUUGCAAGGUACACCACGAUAUGACUGCUCAAUUGUCACAUUACUUCAUAUAUACAGGGCAUAACUCCUACCUCACCGGGAACCAGUUGAGCAGCGACUGUAGUGACGCACCGAUCAUUCGGGCACUGCAGAGGGGUGUUAGAGUGAUCGAACUCGACCUGUGGCCUAAUUCUGCCAAAGACGAUAUUCAUGUUCUUCAUGGAAGGACGCUUACGAGCCCCGUGACUCUCAUCAAGUGUUUGAAGUCUAUCAAAGAGUUUGCUUUCGUGAAAUCUCCCUACCCGGUUAUAAUUACCUUGGAAGACCAUCUCACCCCAGAACUUCAGGCUAAAGUUGCAGAGAUGGUAACUGAAAUUUUUGGCGACUUGCUGCAUUACCCCGGAGGCGAAGGCUUAGUGGAAUUCCCUUCACCAGAAUCACUAAAAAAUAAGAUCAUUAUUUCAACAAAACCACCAAAGGAGUACCUUGAAUCGAAGAACUCGAAGGACAAGGGACUCAUUUCAGUCCUGGAAAAGAAUACAUCCAAUGAGGAAAAGGAUGCAUUGCUUGACUACGAAUAUGACUACAAGAGUGAUGGUGAUCAAGAUUGUGAUGAAUCCAGCAGCCCUAAUCGAAAAGGGCCAGAGUACAAGCGGUUGAUCACGAUCCAAGCCGGAAAGCCCAAGGGGAGUUUGAAAGAUGCCUUACGAAAUGCAGACAAUAAGGUGAAGCGCCUGAGCCUGAGCGAGCAGGAGCUUGAGAAGCUUGCAGCAUCCCACGGGACCGAUUUGGUCAGGUUCACACAGAAGAAUAUUUUGAGAAUAUAUCCCAAAGGAACACGAGUCACCUCGACGAACUACAGGCCAAAUAUUGGGUGGAUGCAUGGAGCUCAAAUGGUAGCAUUCAAUAUGCAGGGAUAUGGAAAAUCACUUUGGAUGAUGCAAGGGAUGUUUAGAGCCAAUGGGGGAUGCGGAUACGUGAAAAAGCCUGAUUUUUUGAUGCUGCGGGGCCCCAAUAAGGAGGUGUUUGAUCCUAAACGGACAAAUGUAGUACGGAAGACUCUCAUGGUGAAAGUAUUCAUGGGUGAUGGGUGGAGCAGGGAUUUUAGCCAAACUCACUUUGACACAUUCUCACCACCUGAUUUCUACACAAAGCUUUACAUCAUUGGAGUGCCAGCUGAUGCGGCCAAGAGAAAAACUCGGAUUAUUGAGGACAAUUGGUUCCCCGUUUGGAACGAAGAGUUCACUUUCCCAUUAACAGUGCCUGAGCUGGCCCUGCUCCGGAUUGAAGUAAGAGAAUAUGACAGGUCGGAUAAGGACGACUUUGGCGGGCAGACAUGUUUGCCCAUCUCGGAGCUCAGAUCAGGCAUUCGAGCAGUUCCCUUGUAUGACAGGAAGGGAGAGAAGUACAAGUCCGUGAAGCUUCUCAUGCAGUUUCAGUUUGUGUGAGAUAGUCCAAGCUUUCUCUGCUGUUUCAGGACCAUGUACCAUGUGUCUCCACCUCUUAGCUGAGGUCGAGUUUACAGGAAUUAUUUCUAGAGAUUUCAUGUCACAUUUGUUACAUGCAGGAAAAAGUGGCAUGUCCCCUGAGUUUUUUAGAUUUUCUGUGAACAAGAUUCAUUCAAAUCUAUACUCAUGUCAAGAAAAAUAUAUGCGUAGGUUGCUAUGAGCUCGUUGUGUCCGGUCCUGUCAACAAAAUCCAUUCUAUCGAGUCAAAUAAAAGCAAGCUAAUUUCUCGUUC